UUUGCUUAAAAAAUGAAAAAACUUCAUUUGGCUACCAUUUGAGAUACGGGUCCACCGAGCCCUUUGAAAUGGUCCAAAUACAAGACUCCCUUGUUGCCUGACCCGUUCAUUUUCUUUUCCCUUGUUUUUCCUCUUCACAAAUGUUUCGAGCGCCAAAGACCUUUCUUCCCCAAAUUUCCCUCCAUUCUGUUUGGACGGCUGCCUCAACCACUAAAGGAGUGAAGAAGAUCUCGGUUGCAGUUUUAAAAAGACUCCAGCUGCUGUCAUGUAUUGAAAGAAAAAGCUGCAUUGAAAGAAAAAUGAGUUGAGACAGCUUACUCUUCACAACGCCGAAAACAUGACAGACAAAAGUAAUGGGUCUAUUAUCAUUUUGUCAAAAAUACGAUGUGUUGGGUGUUGUUCACCUUAUUCUUGAACCGUCAUUGAAAAGAUGCAUUAUUUGCUGAAAUUUUUCAUUUACUGUACUUCGAAAUGGCCCUCUUCGUAAUCCAGUUCCUUCCAAUGAGAAAAAAAUGAGUGCGAGAUUUAGCUUUGUUCAUUGAACCGUGUUGAGGAAAGAAAGUGUAGAAGUUGAAGUUGCAUCAUUAUUUGCUGAAAUUUUCCAUUUACUAUACUUCGAAAUGGCCCUCUUCGUACUCCAAUUCCUUCCAUUGAGAAAAAAAUGAGUGCAAGAUUUAGCUUCGUUCAUUGAACCAUGUUGAGGAAAGAAAGUGUAGAAGUUGAAGUUGCAUCAACUCUGCCUUUGAAACUGUCUUCUUAGAGAAAUAAUGUUUUCAAUAAAAGAAGUUUAGGUUGAACAUGCCUUCAUUUGAAAGAUCGCAAGAACCGCAUUUUUAGUUCAUUCCUGAAAUGGCUUUUCUUGAAUAGAUGAAAGUCGAGCUGAAAUUAAUAGAAACCCAGAGGGUAGAAUUAAAAUGAUUUAAGAUGAAUUAGUUUAUGUACAUAUUACAUUGAAUACAUAUACCAGUUUCAUAUAACUUGGAAUGAGUACAUUCUAUGAAUUACCAAAUACUUUACGCCAUUGGCAUUGAAACUGCUAAAUUGAUUUUGUAGGAAAAAAUAUUUUGGACAAUGUGGAUGACAUUAUUUUUGUAGAAUCUGAGUCUGGGAAUGUGGCAGAGAAUGUGAACGUAUUGGGUGAUGACAACAUAGCAAGAGAUGAUGCAUCUUUACAAGCACCCGAGGUUGGUAUGAAAUUCAAUGACGAAAACGAAUUGUUUGAUUACUACAAAAAAUAUGCAUACGCCGAAGGGUUUCCGGUCAGAAAAAGGAACUCGAAAAAGGAUGAUGACGGUGUUGUAAGAUAUGUUACAUUGACAUGUAGUCGCGAGGGAAAAAGAAACAGUACUACAAUCGGUUCUUUAAGACCACAACCAACCAUUCAAACAGGUUGUAAAGCACGGCUGAUUGCAUCUAUGGAUAGUCGUGGAAUAUGGAGAAUUAACACGGUAAACCUCGAGCAUAAUCAUAAGACAAGUCCAUCAAAAUCUAGGCUAUAUCGAUGUAAUCGAUAGUUGAACGCACAUGUUAAAUGGCGGCUAGAAGUGAAUGAUAUGGCUGGAAUUCCAUUACAGAAAAGUUUCAACUCAGCAGUAGUCGAAACAGGUGGAUACGAAAAUAUGACGUGUGUGGAAAAGGAUUGUCAAAAUUAUGUUGAACAAAUUCGGCGUCUUAGACUUGGAGAAGGAAAUGCCGCAGUAAUACAAUCUUACUUUUCAAAGAUGCAAGCUAGUUGCUCCGGGUUUUAUUUUAGUAUGGAUUUGGAUGAAGAUUUGAGGCUAAAGAACGUGUUUUGGACAGAUAAUAGGAGUAGACAGGCUUAUAAGGAGUUUGGUUGAUGUUGUAACAUUUGAUACCACGUAUCUCACCAAUAAGUAUGACAUGCCGUUUGUCCCAUUUGUUGGUAUUAAUCAUCACGGGCAAUCGACCCUGCUUGGAUGUGGGUUGGUCUCAAAUGAAGAUACGGAUACAUUUGUUUGGUUGUUUAGGACAUGGCUACAGUGUAUGCAUGGCGAAGCACCUCAGGGUAUAAUUACCGAUCAAGACCGAGCUAUGCAAAAAGCAAUUGAAAUUGUAUUCCCUUAUACGAAGCAUAGGUGGUGUUUGUGGCACAUAUUGAAAAAGUUGUCAGAAAAGUUUGGAUACCACGUCAAUAAAGGUUCUAUUUUCUAUACUAUUCACAAUUUGGUUUACGAUUCACAAUUUGUUCAAGAAUUUGAAGAAGGGUGGAGGGUAAUGAUCGAUACAUAUGAUUUGCAUGAAAACAUCUGGUUGUCAGGAUUGUAUGAAAAUAGAUGUCGCUGGGUUUCGUGCUUUUUCAAAACCAGUUUCUGGGCAGGUAUGUCGACAACGCAACGCAAUGAGAGCAUGAAUGCAUUCUUCGAUGGGUAUGUGCAUUCGAAGACCUCAUUAAAGCAAUUCGUCGACCAAUAUGAACGGGCUUUGCGGAGUAAAGUUGAGAAGGAGAUUCAAGCAGAUUUCAGGUCUUUCUCACAGAUGGUACCAUGUGCAACAAGGUAUGAAAUGGAAAAGCAAUUUCAAGCCGUUUACACCAUUUCAAAGUUUCGAGAAGUUCAAGAAGAAUUCACUGGGAAGCUUUAUUGUGACCUAAUAUCUUCUUCGGAGAGAAGUUCGGGGACAACGUACGAGGUAUGCAAGGAAGAGAUAAACGAUGAACGAUCGAAGAAAAAAAUGUUCUUCGUCUCUUUUCGGAAAGAUGAUUGUGACAUUGUUUGUAGUUGCCAUUUAUUUGAGUUUCAAGGAAUAAUAUGCAGGCAUAUGAUUUCAAUAUUGAUCCGUAAUGGCGUCAAACAAAUACCGGACAAGUAUAUAUUACGAAGGUGGCGGAGAAAUGUUAGUAGAGCCCAUACGAGGGUCAUAGUUAACUACGAAGGGUUGAUUACUACACCGGGGCAGUUGAGGUACGACAAAUUGUGUCAAUCUUUUGCUCCAUUGGCCGACCUAGUUGCAGAUGAUGAAAGCAAAGUAGAAAACUUGCAAAAAUGGAUCGACCAUGAAUAUGAACUGGUAACGGCAUCGAAAUCCAAUAUUGUGAGUAAUGUCCUAUCUCCGCAUGGUGUACUAGUACCAUCGCAAUGUGGGCCGUCAUUAGAAACUGUCACCAGUGGAUUACGUGAUCCUAAUUGUGUGAAAAGAAAGGGUGCACCAAAGAAAUUUCGGAAGAAGAGCCCGUUAGAAUCUAAUUCGAAGAAGGGAAAGGUAUAUUUGACUUUAACAUUAAAGCUAAUUGUGUUUGAGUUGUUUGCCUAAUGCAAGUAAUAUGUUUCGAUGUCAUGCAGGGGCGUUCGCGUACAUCCAAUCCAAAUAGGUCGAAGUCCCAGCCAAGUAAUGUUGGCGUAGAGGCCGACGACGUUCAAGUACAUGAACAGUCCCAACAUUGCAUGAAUGUACCACCAUUAACAUAUUCGCAACUUUUAAUGGGUGACCACGAAAGUGUUGCAUUCACACAACAAAGUUUUUUUACUUCUACCGGCAACCAUGUUCAGUUCAAUAAUCGAGAUUUUCAGGCAACGCCGUAUUUCUACCCAUGCUCACCGGACCGAGAUGGAGGAAGCCAUUGAUUUUCUAAGUUCGACACAUCGGACACUGAAGUGAUCAGUAGUUUGAUUGCAAGGACUCCUACUCCUAUUAGGAGAGGUCUUUUGGCUCUUCAAUACAAAUCAGUUGCCCUCUCUUCUUAAUGAUGGAGCGAUGGAUCGAAAGAUUCCUAAGCAUUUUUUGUUGAUCCAUGAUAACCAAGAUGACUUAUCCCAGUCAUGAUGAUGGACAUCCAAUAUUGUAGCAUUUUUUUGUGUCCAUCCAGUGUUUGUUGUGUUCAUCUAGUCAAAUUGGAACCACAAAACCUAUGAAAUUGUAUAUUGUUGAAUGAAAUGACGUUUGUAGUAAAAAUGCAUA